AUGGUAGCUUCUGGAAGGACAAGAUCCUCUAGGAAAAAGAAGAAAACAAGAGGAAGAAGGCAGUUGAAGAAGCAGCAUCAAGAGACACCAUCCUCAAAGAAAAUGAACGUGGAUUGUGCUGAUGUGGCUGUGUGUUCCACUCCCAAAGGGCAAAAGUUUCGGAUACCAGAACCUUCAACGUGCCCUCCACCACCCAAGAAGCCAAGGCUGCUGCUCUCUAACUACUCUCUGCGUAGGUCACCCUUAGCAUUCUUUGCUCCACCAGACUUGGACAUCUUCUUCUGCCUUCCACUUCCAGAUCAACCCCUUUCAUUUGUCUGCUAA